AUGAGCGGCGGAGGAGGGGGAGGGAGGGGGCCGGCGGCGGGACCGGUGCCGGCGUCCGCGAGGAAGCUGGUGCAGGGGCUCAAGGAGAUCGUGAGCCGCUCCGACUCAGAGAUCUACGCGGCGCUGCGCGACUGCGGCAUGGACCCUGACGAGGCGGUCAGCCGCCUCCUCUCCCAAGAUACUUUUCAAGAGGUAAAGAACAAGCGCGACAAGAAAAAGGAGGUGAAUAAAGGUACACCUGAGCCAAGAUCCCGAGGAGCAAAUAACUCAAACAGUCGUGCUGCUAGAGUUGGCACAGAUCGUACUAACCGAAGCAGUUCAGUUCAGUCUGUAUCCGGCGGAGUUGAUAACGUGGCUUCAAGGUCAUCGAUAUUGGGACCUGGUGUUCCAUCAACCAAUUCCACUCAGAAGCCAACAGUUCCGAGUUCCUUUGCAAACAAGGACGUGGUUCCUGAUGGAUUAUGCGGAGCAUCACAAUCAUCGUCAGGAUUUCAGCAGAAUUGGUGUGGGGUGCCUGGUCAGAUGUCAAUGGCUGAUAUAGUUAAAAUGGGCAGACCUCAAGGAAGGUCUUCUAGCAAGUCUAUGGCUACGGCAGACAAAGCAUUUGCUGGUCAAAACCCAUCUUUGUCAAAUGAAACCAACCAUAACACAAAACAAUCCGCAAGCAGAGUCGCCCCGACAACAUUUGACCAAGGAUUUCCAGCUCUUCCAGAUCCCAUUCCUCAAGUUAUAAAUUCAAAUCACACUUCGGCAGACAGCCACCAAACACAUGAAAGUGUUUGGUUUCCACAGGAUGGACCACCAUCACAAAGUCAAUUCACAGCCCCUGAGCCAUCUGGUGGCCCAUUAUCAUUUGUGGCAUCAUUGGAGUCAUCAGUGCUGGUUGCUGAUGCCGUUAACUUGCAUGAGAAGUCUCACACAGAAGAUAACACUUCAAUUGUAAAGCAGACAGCAAUACCUUCUGAGAGACACUUGGAAGUUCUUCACGACCAAGUUCGAUUCGGUGAUGAAUUGUUGCAGAACUCAAGUACAUACCAAUCUCAAAUGCAUUCAUUUGCCGAUGAAGUUGAGGUUUCCAACGUUGAUGUGGACUCAGCUGCAACGAACUUUCAGCAUCUAAGCUUGCAAAACGAAGAUCUAGCAGCAGCUAAUUCUGCUGAUGAUAAUCCAGCGGUUAUAAUCCCCGAUCAUCUACAACUUGAAAAUACAGACUGCGCACAUCUGAGCUUUGGUAGUUUUGAAUCUGGUGCCUUCUCUGGGUUGCUUCCAUCCAAGGUCCCUAAAUAUAGUGUGGAAGAGGUGCCCAACUCAGAUGAAACUCCAGCAGUUGAUCAAAUAGAUGUCAGGAAUCAAGAUUAUUAUGACAAUGGUGCUCUACAGUCAUCAGCAAAUGAGGAUGUUGAAACCAGAAUAGGUACCAACAUUGAGAAUACUGAUGUCCCUUCAGUUUCGCAGCCUGAUAUACUGAUGCAAGGUGCUCUAGAUGUGUCUGGUCUUCAGUAUAACCCGCCAUCAGUUUCGGAUCAUGUGUAUCCGAACACAACACAGCCAAGUAUAAUGGAGAGCCAACAAGGAAACGCUCAAGCACAACAUCUUUCCCAUUUUUCAAGCUUGCUGGCACAGCAAGCUAACACUCUGCAAAGCAACUUCUUGGGGUCAAAUCUUACCCAGCACCGGGAUUUUGACUUUUCACCAUUUUUAUCAGCACAGUCAGCUAUGAAAUAUAACCCAGCUGUGCCAACUACCAGUUACCCAAUCUCCAUGCAGGAGAAUUUAAACCAAGGGGGGUUCUCCAACACUCAAUCUACACAAAAUCCUCCCAGUACGAGCAUUCCGUCAGGGCUACCUCAACCUCAGCAAUUAUCUUUACAUCCAUACUCUCAGCCAACUCUACCCCUGGGGCCUUUUGCCAGUUUAGUCGGCUAUCCAUACUUGCCUCAAAACUACUAUGUACCACCAACAGCCUUCCAGCAAGCGUAUUCAAGUAAUGGACCUUUCCAUCAAUCUGGUGGUGGUGGUGCUGCUGUGCCUGGAUCUGCUAUGAAAUACUCGAUGCCGCAGUACAAGAGUGGCCUUCCUGUCAUGAGCCCACCACAGCAUUCAUCAGCAGUCUCUGGUUAUGGAGGCUUUGGCAGCUCAAGUAAUAUACCGAAUUUUGGCCAAAACCAGAGUGCCUCCCCUGCCACGACUAUGGGGAUUGAUGAAGCUUUAAGUUCACAGUUGAAAGAGGCCAAUCACUACAUGGCCUUACAGCAGAGCGACAACUCAGCGAUGUGGCUUCAUGGAGCUGCUGGUUCAAGAGCUGUUUCAGCUGUUCCACCUGGUAACUUUUAUGGCUUCCAGGGCCAGAGCGCGCAGGGUGGCUUCCGUGAGGUGCAGCAGCCCUCUCAGUACGGUGGUCUUGGGUACCCGAGCUUUUACCAGUCGCAGAAUGGUAUGCAGCAGGAGCACCCGCAGAACCCUGCGGAGGGAAGCCUGAACAGCUCCCAGACUGCCCCGUCUCAGCCAUCACACCAGAUGUGGCAGCACAGCUACUAA